CUCAGUGGUUGUUUUUCUGCUAAUGGCGGUGUAAAGCAGUGCGCAGGAAAUGGAACAUAAGGGAGACUGUCAGCCUUCAUGUGGAGAGCUGAAGCACCUCAGAGAGCUGGUGUACCAACAGGCAGCCGCUUUAUCUGAGAUCAAGACCAAGAUGGUGUACAUGGAAAAGAAGAACGCAGCUCAAGCAGCCGAGCUGUUGGCGGUGAAGAGCGAGCUGGAGAGCUUGAAGAAACCUAAGCCUGAACGUCCGAAGGUGGCGUUUAGCGCUGGAUUACCUGCAGGACAGUUAGGACCGUUUAACACUGAAACCACUCUGGUCUACAGUAAAGUCGUCACCAACAUCGGAGGAGCUUUUAACCCACACACAGGCAUGUUCACAGCCCCGGUUAGAGGUGUGUACUACAUCCGCUUCACAGGUGCCGCCUACAACACUGACUCCAAUAACAUGGGCAUUAACCUUUACAAAAACAACAACAUGCUCUUGCACCUGGGCGAAGGCGCCAAAGACGGUCAUCUCAGACACGUGUCCAGCGGCCUGGUGCUCGAGCUGCAGCCUGGAGACGUUGUGUAUCUCCGCCUCUUUGCCGACUACGCCCUCUACGAUGACCAGCUGCUGCGCAACACCUUCAGCGGCUUCCUUCUUUACCCUUCCUGAUUAACCUCUAAUGCAAUGAGUUUAUCUGCACUCUAGUGUAAUUCUGUUAAAUACUUUCAAUUCAUUAUGUUACAAGCGAUAAUGUUUAGACCGAAGGAGUGACACAUCACAUG